AUGGCAACAUCAACUCUGUUCUCAACUCAUCAAUUCUACAAGUAUGAGGUUAAAGUAGUUGACGGGAUUGUCUUGUCUUGGAUCAAAAGCGCCCUUGCAGGGCUGAGCAGCAGAACCAGGAUCAAGGCUCGACUCAUUAGCGGUACUCUGUACAGAGUAGGCGACGGAAAGCUGCCGCUUCGCGGAUUGGAUCCUGUUUGCGUUGGCGUCGUACAGCGUGGCCACGUCAAUUUGCCUGACGAAAGGAUUGGUCAUGGGCAGCCAAACAGGAGACAAAAACAAUGA